GGAGCCGGCGCCGCCGCCAUCAGCGCGGCCAUGGCGCUGGCCGGGCUGCGCCUGCUGGGCUGGGGGUGAGCGGAGAGAGGGCGGGACGGGCUGUGGGAGCGCGGGGGCAGCGGGGAGGGCUCCCUCUGGGCGAGGUGUGCGCUGGGGUUCCGCGCUGUCGCUCAGCCGGUCUGCCCCUCUCUCACGGCUGUCUCCCGCAGGGCCCGCGCCGCCGCCGCCCGGUGCCGCGGGCUCCGCUGCGGCGCGCCGGGGCUGCGGGCCGGCGCGGCUGCCGAGGAGCCGGAGAAGCAGAGCGAGGCCGAGCAGAGCGCCUUAAUCCUGCAGAGGAACUCCAUGAGAUGGGAUGGCAAGGUUUAUGAAGAGGUCCCGAUAGCUCACAUCAAAGCAACGUACAACAACACGCACAUCCAGGUGGUGAGCUUUGACAACCAGCCGUUCUCCCGCACGUCCUGCGGCACGGAGGGCUUCCAGAACGCCAAGAAGGGCACUGCCAUCGCAGCGCAGACCGCGGCCAUGGCAGCGGCAGUGAAGGCACGUGGGAAGGGCGUACUGCACGUGCGAGUUAUUGUGAAGGGACUGGGACCAGGACGCAAAGCUGCCAUCAAGGGGCUGACGAUGGGAGGUUUGGAGAUCAUCUCCAUCACCGACAACAGCCCGGUCCCCCACAACGGCUGCCGCCCACGGAAAGCCAGGAGAGUGUGAGGGGCAGUGCAAGGGACACGCAGCUUUCAACAUCAGUUCAUCAGGGACUGAGUCAAAUGUUGCUUCUGUGACUGAUUCUGGAAGGCCACCUUCCCUGGAAAUACUUGUUAAGGGAAGCUUGGAUAGACCAUGCUGAGCCUUGAAAAUGCAGGAGGUAGAAGCUACUGGUGAAAGCAGGAAUCCAUGUAUUCCCUUAGUGGGAAGCCUCUUGUCUACAAAGUUUGUUGAUUAAAAUGUUGGUCUUUUGACAGCCA